CAUGCACACCCCCUGCUGUGUUUUACGCUUGUAGCGGAGAGUGUGAGUGGAGGAAGAAGGGCAGCUUGAAGGCAACUUUUCGAGUGGAACAUCACAGAAAUAUAUUUUCGUGCUGAUUGAAAAUGGCUCAAAUAACGAGCGAAGGGGCCGAACAUGAUUCUCAGCCGACGUCAGGUCAAAACGGCACCGGAGAAACAGACAAGGAGGAACAGGCCGUGCCGGACCCCAAACAGGAACCGGGCGACAACGUUGAGAACAGAGGAAGAAUGGACAUGAACAGUGGUCGUAGUACGGCGGUGGCGCACGGGGGCAUCCUGUCCUCUGUUCCAGACGCCGACAAAGAAACAGUUUUACCCACCGAAAAGACCGACAGCGCCGAAGGGAAACCUGACGGGAAACUAUCUGAACCGGGGAAAAGUCCCACACAGGGGAGUUUGGCGAGUAGCACUGAUUCCGCACAAGAGGGCUCCCGGGUGCUGAAACAAGAACAAAGAGAGGGGGAGAACGUGUCCUCACAGCCUACCGACCGCACAAAGACCACGGAGAAAGCCGAACACGGCAUCAAGAGACGGGCCAGCGUGGAACUGACCUCGUCGGAUGGAGAGCCGCUUAGUCGGAUGGAUUCAGAAGACAGCAUUGGUAGCACCCUGAUGGACAUGGAGAGCACAGCGUCCAGCGGUCGCUCUACCCCAGCCAUGCUCAACAGUCUGGGUGGAGGCACGGUGGCGGGGAGUGGUUCGGCACCUCUGGGGGGCAAGUCUCUGAGCUACACAUGCUGCUGGGAUCACUGCCAGCUGCUGUUUCCUAGCAGCCCCGACCUGGCCGAACACAUCAGAGCCACACAUGUGGAUGGACAGAGAGGAGGGGUGUUUGUGUGUCUGUGGAAGGGCUGCAAGGUGUACAACACGCCAUCCACCAGUCAAAGCUGGCUGCAGAGACACAUGCUGACCCACAGCGGAGACAAGCCAUUCAAGUGUGUGGUGGGAGGCUGCAACGCCACGUUUGCCUCUCAGGGAGGGCUAGCCCGUCACGUCCCCACUCACUUCAGCUCGCAGAGUUCAUCCAAAGUGUCCAGUCAGGGCAAAAUGAAGGAGGAGUCUCCGUCCAAGGCCGGCCUCAACAAGAGGAGGAAACUCAAGAACAAACACAGACGCUCCCUCCCCCGACCUCAUGACUUCUUUGACGCUCAGACCAUGGACGCCAUCCGCCAUCGAGCCAUUUGCCUCAACCUGGCAACACACAUCGAGAGCCUGGGCAACGGACACAGUGUGGUCUUUCACAGCACGGUAAUAGCAAGGAGGAGAGAGGACUCUGGGAAAGUGAAGGUCUUGUUGCACUGGACACCUGAAGAUAUACUGCCAGAUGUGUGGGUGAAUGAGAGUGACAGACUGCAGCAGAAGACCAAGGUGGUUCAUCUGUCUAAGCUACCCACAGACACAGCUGUACUCCUGGACCCCAACAUCUACAGGAUGUUCUUUUAACCACUUCCAGAGAAACUUCACUGUCACUUCCUGCUAACCCAAUCCUGAGGAGGAGAUUGUUUCCUUUUCCCUUUGGAUGCUGCUGGGAGUUUAAUGACUUUACUUGUCAUAGCCAUCUGAGGCCAUCAGUGUUUUCUGCAUUAGGAGCUGAGUUUACAGGGGAGAGGUUGCUUGUUUUUAGGUAACACAACUAGACUGAAAACUAACUGACAGAAGUGUAACUGUAGACAGUUAGACACAUGUAGAGAGAAACUGUCUUUGUAAAUACUUCAGAUUUGUAAUAUAUUUUUAUACUUUGAAUUUUUUUACUGUACUGUAGAUAGAUAUGUUUUCUGCCAAACAUUUUUUAAAUAGAUGUUUUAAAAACUGAUAUUGGUCAUAUGCAUAUAGCUGGCAUUUCUCUGGUUUGAUGUCAUUAAACUUUUUCAACCUCCA